UUUGGUUAAGGCGAUCAAAGAUUCGCAUAAAUUUGUAAAUUUUAGAGAAUUCACACCUCUGCAGUAUCAACUUUUUGCAAAACUGCCGCGCGAACCGAUACGUUAUCAGCCUUAUUCUGUUGCCAGGAGAAGACCCGUAACAACGAGCGUCGCUACUAACCGGUCUUCGCUCGGUACACAGAGACAGACUGAUAAGGAGCUAAAGAUCAUGCUGACCGAAAAUGAGUCGAAGAUAUGCGACCUUUUGAACGAAGUAGUGGCGUACUUGAAGAGAAAUAAACCUGAACUCCCUUCUAUUGAACUUAGGAUAGCUGGUGGUUGGGUUCGUGAUAAAUAUCUAGGACAUGAAUGUAAUGACUUGGAUGUUGCGAUUAAUAACAUGAUGGGCCUGGAAUUCUGCGAGAAAAUCGGGGAGUACCUGAGGCUCAAGGGGUUGGAUGUUAGAAACGUGCAUAAGAUUAAAUUAAACCCCGAUAAAUCAAAACAUCUUGAAACUGCUGCUACAAUAAUUUUUGGACAAGAAAUUGAUUUCGCAAACUUGCGUAGCGAGGAAUAUGCGGAGGAGAGUAGAAUUCCCAAAACCAUGUUUGGCACACCAGAGCAGGAUGCGUAUCGUAGAGAUCUUACAAUCAAUUCACUUUUCUACAACAUACAUACGCGUCAAAUUGAAGAUUACACAAAAAAGGGAAUCUCUGAUCUGAAGGAGGGUUUAAUUAGAACACCCCUUCCUGCGUUUGAAACCUUCAUGGAGGACCCUCUACGUGUCCUAAGAUGUAUAAGAUUCGCCAGUCGAUUUCGUUUUACGAUAGUGGAAGACAUUUUGAAUGCAGUGAAGGAUGAAAGGCUAAAGGAGGCAUUUAGUAAAAAAAUAAGUCGCGAACGCAUCGCGAUAGAGUUAGAUAAAAUGAUCAAAGGACCGAAUCCGGUUAUGUCUAUCGAACUUAUAUAUGAUCUCGGAUUGUAUGAAGCCAUAUUUACGCCACCAUCUCGAGAAAUAUACGAAGGAACUAUGGGAUACCCUGGAGAUACUGUUAAGAUCGCGAAGAUACUGGAAUGGCUCCUAUCACCUACGGAUAAAAUUAGUGUGCAUCGUGAACUUUUACCUCGGAAUCCCGAAGAUCUUAGGUCACUUUAUUUAGCUUCGGUUUUGAUACCUUAUAAAGAUAUGUUGCACGAAAGGAGUAAAAAUAUUAUAGUUCAAUAUAUAUUAAAGGAUAACCUUAAGGAUGCAAAAUUAACGAACAGUUUGAUUUCUACCAUUAAUCCGUUAAUGGAGUUGGCGAGAAAAAAUGCCGAGUUUCCAUUAGAUAGAAAAUCACUUGGCAUAUUUAUUCGCACGGUAACUGGGCCUCAUUGGAUAAAUUCCUUCAUAAUUACUAUGGCAUAUGAGCUCCUACCAGAAUUUGAAAACAUAAAAACAGAGUCCUUGUAUAAGGUCAGACAAAUUAUUCGUAAAUAUAACGAUUUGGUUGAUCGGAUAUUUGACCUUGGAUUGCAAGAGUGUUUUAAGGAUAAACACAUCCUGAAUGGGUCUCAAAUCAUGGAAUUACUGAAUAUUAAAGGUGGCGAGCAUAUGAAAGAGAUAAUGGAUUUCGUGAUAGAAUGGCAGUUGGAAAACCCUGGUGGAAGUGUAGAGCAAUGUCAGGAAUUUAUAAAAAGUAGAUACGAUGAAAUUAAAGAUUCGCCAAACAAUAAAACCAACCGUAAAACUUCCAGUUAG